AUUUUUGUGUUUCAGCGAUGCUGCUGCGGGUGCAGCUGAGGCAUGAAGUACGGGUCGUGUCUGAGAGGCUGGAUGAAACUGAGGCUCCUAACAAGACCCGUGCAGUGUCUCAACCUGCCUUGUCGACGGUGCCUCCAGUUCUUCCUCGGCUACCUGCCGACAAUAUUAAAGAAUUAGAGGCAGCCGUGCGGGAUGAGGCUGUGGCUGCCACCUUGCGCAAGCACCUCCUGCAAAUAGGAGGGAAGUCACUGCGCGAGGUGGCAUCGUAUGCCAUGAAGGCUGUAAUGGCGCACCCCGUCCAAGUGCUUUACAGCCUUCAUAGCAGGAAGGGGAAGAGGGCAUUCAUCAAUUUGAAGUUAUGCCGGAUAGUCACAGAUGUCAUCUGUGCGAAAGGGGGGGGCGACCUGACACAAGCACAGGACUUCAUUAAGUGGUUGCCAGGGUCUGUGGACAGCGGUGGUGGCAGGAAGAGGCGUUUCACAGAAACGUUUGCAGCAGAGCAGCCCGAUGAUCCCUCCCUUCAGAGCAGGAAUCAUUGCCUGCCCACUGCUGCCCUCUCCCUGCCCCACCCUUGCCCUCAGGUCCCUGGCAAGUCCACCGUCGGCCCCUCCUCCCCUGCUGCCCCUGCCCCUCCUCCUGCUGCUGCCCCUGGAGCUGAGCACCCCUACUGAUGCCUGCAUCAGUUCAA